AUGCAACCAGUACAAUUCAUCCAGUAUGGUAGCUUAGGUCUGCAAUUAUAUAGUGGACCUAUCUAUAUCACGGAGAACCGUAAUGGAGAUGUUGUUGUGUCUGAUAAAAUCAGCGGAUUGGUGGUCACAGAUCUUAAAGGAAAUUAUCGUUUCACUUACAGAGGACCACCAAAGGGAUCCGCAUUGAUGUUCUUUAUUCCAUAUGGAACCUGCGAAGAUGCAUUCUUAAAUAUCCUGAUCUGUAGUCGAACGGACCAAGCAAUACACGUGAUCGACAAGGACGGCCAUCUCCUAUCAAUUCUAUCAAUUUUACUAACAAAACAAGAUGGAAUGGUUCAGCCAUUAGGUUUGGGAUAUGACGAGAAAAAUCAUCUUGUUUGGAUUGGAUCUACAAACAACAACAAACUGUGCGUCUACAGAUAUAUUGAACGACAAGAUCAUCUUGCAGAUAUUUCAUAA